AUGUUGAAGUCCAAUUGGCUCAACUUUGCCCGAAGCUUGCGUACCAGCGCGUGGACCUGCCGAAAAUGUUUAUCAACGACCAGGAGACUGCUAAAAACCCAGAGCCAUGGCCAUAUUAACAAUGGAAAAGCGCGUCAAAGAAUGAAUGUUAAUCCUCGGAAAAGUACAAUUGCAUGGAUUCUGACUAUGGGAAGCGUGGGCGUAGCGAGCACGAUCUUUUCUAAUGAGCUGGAGCACACAUAUAAGGCUACAGUUCGAACGGGCAGGGUCUUGGGAACUCUCGCUCUCUGCAUAAAUGAUUACCGCCAAACAUUAAACCAAAAUGAGCAGCCAGGGGACGAAGAAGAAAAAAUUAGAGCUUUGACAGCUUGCCACCAGCGAUGCGCCAAUAGAACCUUGGAGACCCUGGAAAAAAAUGGGAGCAUCUUUAUAAAGCUUGGCCAGCAUCUAAGUGCUAUGAGCUACCUCUUACCACUUCCAUGGACAGCUACUUUCAUACCCUUACAAGACAAAUGUCCAGUUUCCUCUUUGGACUCUAUCGAAGACAUGUUCAAGGCAGAUACAGGGGAGGAAAUUUCCGAAUAUUUUUCUCAAUUCUCUUCGGAGCCCAUAGGGGCAGCUUCCUUGGCACAAGUACAUCUUGCUGAAAUACGGGAUAACGGGCAACGAGUUGCUGUAAAGCUUCAGCAUCCAGCACUUUCGGAGUGGGCUAACUUAGAUCUAACUCUAAUUCGAUUCACAUUCUCUACAUUGAAAAAAUUCUUCCCAGAUUAUGAUCUAGAGUGGCUAUCACAAGAGUUAGAAUACUCUUUACCUCAAGAAUUAGACUUUAGGCUUGAAGGGCAAAACGCAAUGAGAACCAAAGAGCAUUUUGCAAAGCUUCCAGCACUACCAUUAGUUAUUCCCAAUGUCAUUUGGGCGACUCGACGGAUACUCGUCAUGGAGAAUGUCUCAGGUCACCGUCCAGAUGAUUUGGAAUACUUGGACUCUAAUGGCAUCGAUAGAGAUGAAGUUUCGGCGGCUCUAGCACGAAUAUUUAAUGAGAUGAUAUUUGGCAAGAAUACUCCACUUCACUGCGAUCCUCAUGGCGGAAAUAUAGCCAUACGUAAGAAUAAUCAUCGACGAGGCUGCAAUUUCGAUGUAGUCUUGUAUGAUCACGGUCUUUACAGGGAUAUACCUACAAAACUCCGACGCUCAUACGCGAAACUCUGGCUGGCUGUUAUUGACGCCGACGAACCAAGAAUGCGAAAAUUUUCUAAGGAGGUUGCUGGAAUUUCUGACGACCAAUUUAUUCUAUUUGCUUCUGCUAUCACUGGUCGAGAAUUUCGUGUUGUACAAAAAGAUAUUUCCAUAGCUCGUUCGGAGGAAGAGAAGCAACAUAUUAAUGCAGCACUGAGUGAAGGAAUGCUACAGCAGCUAGUGGAAAUGCUCGGGCAGCUUCCACGAAUUCUUCUCUUGAUACUCAAGACCAACGACUUAACCCGCAGCCUCGACGAAAAUCUGCAAACCCGGCAAGGGCCUGUACGGACAUUUUUAAUUCUAGCACGCUAUUGCUCGCGGACUGUCUUAGAAGAACAACUGGAGGACCUGAGUGUGCGAGGUGGGAUAUUCUGGCCCUCUAAUUUGUUAAGCCUCGCCCGCUCGUGGCUUAGCUUUCUCCAUCUAGAGCUUAAACUAGAGGCGCUUGAGUGGUGGCUUGCGAUCAAGCGUAGUCGUCACUUUUAUACCCAUUGGUCGUCGGCCGGUCCGCCGCCUAACUUAUCCGUCUAG